UAUACAUAGAGUGGGAGAGUAAAACACUUCACCACUCGCUAGAGAUAGAGAGAUAGAGAGAGAGAUGGGAAGCAGAGAGAUCAGUGGUAGUGAACAUGAACUACCUCUGUUUGAAACAAAGGAAGCUAAGCUUGGUAAGUUGGGGUACAGGUUGUUUGCAGGAAGUAUAUUUGUGAAUAUUUGUUUGAUUUGGGUAUAUAGAGCUACACAUAUCCCUGGAAUAAGUUCAUUGUCUUUGGGCGUUGACGAAGAACUAGGAGUGCCAAAGAGAUGGGUAUGGAUUGGUCUCUUGCUUUCCGAGGUCUGGUUUGGUCUUUACUGGAUCCUCACUCAAUCUAUUCGCUGGAAUAACAUCAAGCGUUACACCUUCAAAGACAGACUCUCACUCAGAUAUGGAGAGAAUUUGCCAGGGGUAGACAUAUUUGUAUGUACGGCGGACCCAACAAUAGAACCACCAACACUUGUGAUCAACACUGUGUUAUCGGUCAUGGCUUACGGUUACCCACCUGACAAAUUGAGUGUUUAUCUCUCCGAUGACGGUGGAUCAGAACUGACAUUUUACGCUCUGUAUGAGGCCUCCAUUUUCUCAAGACAUUGGAUACCGUUUUGCAAGGAGUUCAAAGUGGAACCAAGAUCUCCAGCCGCUUACUUUGCCCAAGUAUCUGACCCACCUCCUUCUCUGAAAAAUCAAAGCAUUAAGGACUGGCUGACAACUAAGCGACUAUACGAAGAUAUGAAAAAUCGAAUUGAAGCAGCAAUUAAAUUAGGUAAGGUUUCAGAAGAAAUCAAGAAACAACACAAAGGAUUCUCAGAAUGGACCCCUGAAAUUACUAAGUGUGACCAUCAAACGAUUCUUCAGAUAUUGAUCCACGGAAGAGAUGCAAGUUCAGUCGAUACAGAUGGGAAUCAACUUCCAACUUUAGUUUACUUGGCGCGUGAGAAGAGAACACAGCACUCUCACAACUUCAAAGCUGGGGCCAUUAAUGCAUUGUUAAGGGUGUCAUCCGAGAUAAGUAGUGGACAGAUGGUUCUAAGUGUGGACUGUGAUAUGUAUUCGAACGAUUCAAAAGCAUUAAAAGACGCACUAUGUUUCUUCAUGGAUGAAAAGAAAGGCUAUGAUAUUGCAUUUGUGCAAUGCCCGCAAAACUUCAACAACGUUACUAAGAGUGAUUUAUAUGCUAAUGGUUUUAGAGUGAUCAACAACGUGGAAAUGACAGGUUUAGACGGAUUCGGGGGAUCUAUAUACAGUGGAACAGGGUGUUUUCAUAGAAGAGAAACUAUAUGUGGAAGAAAAUUUACUGAAGAUUACAGAGAAAAUUGGAAUCGAGAAAUCGAUCCUAUUAAGGCAAAAAGAAGUAUAACUGAGUUAGAGAAUGCAUCAAAAGUUCUUGCAGAUUGUACAUACGAGGAAAACACCCAAUGGGGAAAUGAGAUGGGUCUGAAAUAUGGGUGUCCUGUAGAAGAUGUUAUAACAGGAUUAGCAAUACAAUGCAGGGGAUGGAACUCGGUUUAUUUCGACCCUGAAAGAAAAUGCUUUCUUGGUGUUGCUCCUGUAACACUGGAUCAAGCUUUAAUUCAAUAUAAGAGAUGGUCUGAAGGUUUAUUUCAGAUUUUUCUCUCGAAGUAUUGUCCAUUCACAUAUGGCUAUGGAAAGAUAAAACUAGGUCUUCAAAUGGGUUACUGCAUAUACUGUUUAUGGCCUCCUAAUUCAUUCCCAACCAUCUUUUACUUGGUUGUUCCUUCUCUUUGCUUCCUAAAUGGCAUCCCUUUAUUCCCAAAGAUGUCUAGUUUAUGGUUUCUACCUUUUGCAUAUGUGUUCGGCGCCACUAGCUUAUACAGUCUUUAUGAGGCUCUGUCAGUUGGAGAUACAAUUACAGAAUGGUGGAAUCUACACAGGAUCUGGGUAUUCAGAAGGCUAACAUCCUUCCUUUUUAGCUUUGUUGACACUGUGAUCCGCCAAUUGGGUUUCUCCCAAACAACAUUUGUAAUUACUCCCAAAGUUGUAGAUGACGAGGUUCUCAAGAGAUACGAGAAUGAGAUGUUGGAAUUUGGCAACACGUCUCCCAUGUUUGCUAUCAUAUCAACUGUUGCAGUUUUGAAUCUUGUUAUGCUGCUCGGUGGAUUGGUCAGGAGUGUGAUAAUUGGUGGAGGAAUCUGGGUUCUUGAAUCAUUGAUCUCGCAGUUUAUCCUCUGUGGGUUGACAGUUCUUGUGAAUGUACCAGUGUACGAAGCGCUCUUCUUCCGCAAAGACAAUGGUGCAAUACCCUUCUCCGCUAUGGUCACUUCCAUUGUUUUAGCUUCAUUGGCAUGCUUGAUUCCCAUAUCUUGAAUUAUGACUACUAAAAAUUGAUUAGAAUAAUAGACAAUAAGAUUAUGAAAGUCAAGAGUGACCAGAAUAUGAAAACUGGUCUAUUCCAAAGAACAACUGCUCAUUUAUUGUUGUAAAAUUCAUCAGCAAUCUACUGUGAUUUCGUCAUUGGAUACUAAAA